AUGGCCAACUCGAGCAUGCUCGACUACAAGUCCGUCCUAAGAACCUUCCACCGAGGCUUCUUGAAAUUUCAAAUAAUGUCCGAUCUGCACCUUGAAGUCGGAAAUCAAUACGAGACCUUCCAGGUCCCAGUCGAAUCACCAUUUCUGAUCCUCGGAGGGGACAUCGGUCGACUGCGAGACUACGAAAGCUACCUUUCAUUCCUCGCGAUGCAAUGUGCUCAAUUUGACACAGUGUACCUUGUCCUGGGGAACCAUGAGUUCUAUGGCAUAUCACGCUCCGAGGGUCUUGCUCUCGCUGACAAGCUGGAAAAGGAGGAGAGGACCCUGGGCAAGCUGAAACUGCUUCAUCGACGCAGACUGGACAACCGGGACGAGAUUGAGCGACGAGUGAACGAUUUUCGGCAAAUACAAGGUUGGAACGUCGAUGAGCAUAACGAGGAGCAUGAGAGAGAUGUGGAUUGGCUGCGGACUGAGAUCAACCUCAUAAGACCAGGAUUGGGCGGCGCAGGCAAUGCAAAAAGCAUCCUCGUCGUUACCCAUCACGCGCCCGUCAGAAAAGGGAGCAGCGACCCUAUGUACGAUGAGAGCCCCUUGGCUGAUGCAUUCUCCACGGAUCUGAUCGGAGUCCAUGAACAGUUGGGGAGAGUGCAAUGGUGGGUCUUUGGUCACACACACUACACAACGCAAUGGCGUGAGCAGGGAGUCAAUCUCAUCAGUAACCAGCGGGGAUAUGUAUUUGGACCGGGUCCCAAUGGACAACAUAGCAGUUCGACCAAAGGCAACGAUGCGUUGCAAUUUGUUCGUUCCUACUUCAAGCGGAAGGACUGUCAGUUUGACCCGCGGAAAUGCAUUCAGAUCAAAGCUUGA